GAGAGUUCUCACGAACGCUAUCCGAUCACGUGGUGCUUUUGUAUGUACUCAGUAUAUAUGACGGGCCUAGACGUAUAGUUUUAUCAAUGUAUCUGUAGAUGUGUACAGUUACCUAUACAAUGUAUCGCAUUUUGCUCCUGAGAGGAUUUGUUUCCACUGCUGUAAUUCUGGUGGUAUGUGUCAUUGUUUCUGCCAGGGGAGCGUGCAGGAGAAAUGAAGAACAAAAUUGCUGCCCAGGAUAUUUCUAUGACAGAGCUUUAGAUGAAUGCAAAGAGUGUCCCCCGGGUUUCAUUGGGAUAAACUGUUCCAUGGAAUGUCGUUAUCCAGCUUAUGGAAAGCAUUGCCAGAGAGAAUGCAACUGUUCUGAGGAAUAUUGUAAUUUGGCAACUGGAUGUGGUGGGUACCGAGGUGAAAAAAGAAAAAUUAUUCCUCGGGAUAGUAAUGUGUCAGAGAGUCCACUUUGGAUGUCUACCGAUAAAACCGAUAAAACACUACAAACUAAUCAGGGGCUUCAGACAACUCCCAUCCUCAUUGGAGUCAUAGUAUUCUUAUGUCUGAUACUGACCGCUGUCGCUGCAAGAUUUCUUUGGAAAAAGAUGACAGGUACCCGGUUGAUAAUGAACAUAGGAGACUCGGAAAUGAGAACCACGGCGAUGGUCGGAGAAAUUGGUCAGGUGGACGAUAUGGUGGACCAUGAUUACGAAGACUUAGAUGAAGGGAAAAUCGGGAAAGACAACAUGAAGGAAAAGAAGGCAGCCUCAGAAAAUGACUAUGUUGAAUCGUUAGCCUUUGCGAAAAAGGAACAAAAUGCCAAUGAACGCGAAUCUAAACACUUCUAUGACGCUUUGAAGUAACUGUGCUCCACUUAAAUUGAUAUCAUCCUAUCUAGCGUGAUAUUAAUUGCAUGGAAUUUCAACGAAAUGAAAUCUAAAACGGACCAAAGGGUACACGCAGUGUUCACGGACUUAAAAAUAUGUAUAUAUGUACAUACAUGUAUACUAAUCUAUUUUCUACAUAAGUAUACAUUAAUACCACUGUGUAGUUACAUAGAAUAAUUAUGUAUAAUCUGCAAAACAAAACUGUUACUAACUUCAAAGUGAAACAUGAAAUACAUUCAUCGUGUAUAUUCUGCUGAAUUUCUCAUCAAGUCCAUUAUUUGUCAUUUGUGACUAUAAUAACACUUUUUUGUUCAAUGUACAUGUUGUUAGAUCCGGUUUCAGCGUCGUUUGUCCGCGUGUGAAUGGCCACCUAUAUCGAGACAUUGUUGAAAUUGUUGGAACAUGUUUUCUGGUUUAUGUUUUACCUUUUAUUUAUGACGUAUGUCUUCAGCAAUAAAGAAUAAUAAUAAUA